UCUCAAGAAAACUUUGAGAAAGUGGUUCGUGGAGCACCUCUUCAUUCCCGGUUGUUUGACACUGUAACGGUGGAUGGCAAAGAAGGCAUCUACAGCGAUGUUUCCAACAACAGUUUGAAAAGAAGGUAAAUGCAUGUUUAGAGCUAUUAAGUCCCUCAUAUGUAGAUGACACAAGCAGAUGUUUGUGGAGCUGGCAUGAAAAUGGCCUCCCAGUGGAACACCCCCCGUGUGAGCAGCGCAGAGAGGAAGGUGCCCCACACCCGCAUGGAGGACGAGGCUGACCUCAAGCAAAUAUACUCAUUUGGGAGGAAAUUAGGUCAAGGUAGUUUUGGGGUCGUCUGCGAAGCCACCCACAACGAGACAAAGAAGAAAUGGGCUAUUAAGAAGGUGAACAAAGAGAAGGCCGGAAGUUCAGGUGUCAAACUUUUGGAACGGGAAGUGAACAUCCUAAAACGUGUGAACCAUGCACAUAUCAUACACCUAGAGGAGGUUUUUGAAACACAAAAGAGGAUGUAUCUGGUUACUGAGCUGUGUGAGGGAGGGGAGCUGAAGGAGCUCCUUCAGAAGAAUAAACGCUUCACAGAGGAGGAGGCCAGGCACAUCAUCAGCAGCCUGGCUGAGGCCAUUGUUUACCUGCACAAGAAAGACAUAGUGCACCGCGACCUGAAACUGGAGAACAUUCUGGUGAAGAGUUAUCACCAUGGUGAUGAUAAUGACAUGAUCAAUAUCAAGGUGACGGACUUUGGGUUGUCAGUGAAAAAAGGUGGUGUUGGCAGUGAGAACAUGCUCAAAGCCACCUGUGGGACUCCUAUCUACAUGGCUCCUGAGGUGAUUCAUGCUCAUGAGUACAGUCAGCAGUGUGAUGUGUGGAGUGUUGGGGUCAUCAUGUACAUGCUGCUCUGUGGGGAACCUCCAUUCAUUGCCAGCUCUGAGGAAAGACUUUUUGAGUUGAUUAAGAAAGGAGAACUAAACUUCAACGGACCUAUUUGGGACACGAUCAGUGAUGCAGCCAAAAAGGUGUUGAGUUGCCUCUUGAAAGUUGACCCCGCCCAUCGCAUCACAGCAAGUGAGCUGCUGGAUAACCCCUGGAUCACGGGUGACACCAACAUGCCUGCCACGCCCACCAACGUGCUGGAGAUGAUGCGUUUGUUUAGGGAUGACCCAGAGGGACUGGAGAAUGAGGAGGGGACUGAGGUGGUCAGUGAUGUGCUGAAUGAGCUCUCCCUCAGCUAUUCCCAGGACAGCUUUAUUCCGGAUCUCGGAGCGACACUGGAGGACGUGGAAGGGCCAGAGCCUAGGGUAACGCUGGAUCCUAGAGCGAGGUCUGAGAACAGGGCAGAAGAUGGGACCAGGCUGGAGGAUCGGGUAAGGCUGGAGCCCGCCUGUGACUGCAGGAUCACUGCUGUUGCUGAGCUCACCUACGAGGGAGACAUGGACAGUACCAGCAGCAAACCCACAACCCCCGCUAAACAGAGACAAAAGAAGGUUGCUGCCUCAUCCUUCAAUGAACUGAAAACCAACGGCUCUGCUGUAAAAGUCUGCAACUCACUCAACCCCCCAACUUCACAGUCCUAUACAGGUGGCAAACCUUCCAGGCAGUCAAGUGCAAAGCGGCUUGCCCCACAGGACAAGAGCGAAACCAGCUCCACCUCCUCCUUAGUGGGGCCAGCUCCCAAACCAGCGACCGGCUCAGGGAAGGCUGAGGCACACAAACCACCUCGCACCUGCGCACCCUCUGUCUCUAGGCCUGGGAGCCGCUCCCCACGACUUCCCCCUCUCUGCAGCAGGCCUAAGAAGAGCUCAUAGGCCCCUGCAGCAGAGUGCCCAGGCACAUGGGCGCCCAGUGCCAAAGGACAGGAUCCCCGUCAGAGGUGUACCCUGUGGGGUGGUAGGAUUGCUAGACAAAAGACCUGUUGGAUGUUCUGUAGUAUCCACGGUGUCCACUCUGUGACACAUUCCAGGUUUGGACUGACUGAAUAGUCUCUAUCUCACACACCCACUGGGAUGUAGUUUUAUAAUGGUGAGUAGAGAGAUUCAGAAGAAAGAAAAUAGGUUUGUUAAAUAAGAUUGUGAGUGGCAUCAGCUUGAAUGCAUUCAGAGAAAUGCCAUGGAAUAAGGAAAGAAAAGUAUUGACCCGGCAAAGAUUUGACAGUGAAACAUCUGAUUCCUUUCAUAAAAAAAAUGUGUUGGUAUUUUCCAUAUAGAAAGUCACUGACAGUCAUUUGAAAAAACACUCAUUAAAAAGUCUAAGAAACUAAAAUGGAGUGUUUAUCUCUUAUUUAUUCCGUUGGGCAUAAUUAAUUAUUUAUUAGUGGUAAACAGGGUUCUGUAUUUGUUUUUUUUCCUAUGUAGUGUAAAAGUACUUUUUUCUUUCAGUAUCCUAACAGGCACAUUUGGUAAGAAAGAUCUUCAAAGCGCUUUGUUUUUCCCCACAAAUGUAAAUAAAUAAAUAAAUUAUAGUCGUAAAUUCAUUAGUAGUCAGUGGCAAUAAGGAGUUCGAGGGUUCAAACUUGUCUGCUGUUUCUUUUCAUUUAAUUGUUCUAUGAAUGAGUUAAAAGGUUGAUUGCCAAACAUCAUGAGAUUAAACUACUGUACAGAGAUUCCAUUAUUUUGUGUUCAAUAAAUGUUAUUUUAUUUUUUUUAUUUGGUGAUUUUGUGAUAACUAUUCACUUAUUCUGUUUUGACCUCUACAUUUUUAAAUACGCUGUAAUUCUAGUCUACCUUGGUGUCAAUACCAGACUGUCAGUGGUGAGACAGACUGGUUACACACAAUCCAACUGCAGGGGAUUGGGAGUUAGGACUGAGGGCAACCAUGGCUCUAAUCUCGUUUGGGAGGCCAUUGAAAGCAGCAGGAGCUACUUUAAGGGCUCUGCCAUUCAAGCACAGGUCUUUCUGCUGUAGAGAGAAUAAUCCGCAGCAUAGAUACAACAUUAAAGUAGUCAAGCAGAACCCACCGAGGCUGUAUUUCAAAUCCAUGCAUUUGCAUCUUGAAGUGAAUGUGUUCAGACAGUGGGGCCUAGUGUCAAGCAAAGUGUGUGUGUGUUUGUGUUUAUGGUGGUUGGAUUGGCUCUUUUGAAGUGAGGUGCAUGGCACAUUUCUCCUUUUGAGUGAUUGGUUCACAGCCUUUAAAUUGUGUAAAUACUUUACCUAUUAUGAAAGGCUGCCAGUGCUUUGUCUGGGUAGACAGGCUUUCCUUUCUGGCCUGGUGGAUCGGUCCUUGUGCCAGGAAGAGCAACGAGCAGGAGAGAAAUAUUUUUAAAGCCUAUCGUACAGUAGGUGCUCUGUUAAAUCUGAGCAGAUAUGCAGAGUAAAAUUCCAUGAUAUAUGAUUUGAACAGAGCUCUUUUCUACAUAUAUUACUGUUCAAAAGUUUGGUGUCACUUAGA